AUGCCACCUCCAGGGGAGCUGCCGAAGUACGAGUUCCAGAUUGUGGACGAGACACAGGUGCACAGGAGGUACCUGACCCUCUACAACCGCCGCAUCAGAUUCCCAGCGCUGCACAGCAAACCUGAGGAGGAGCACGAGUAUGACAUUAUCGGACACCCACAGCUUGACUUCAAAUUCGUGGUUGUGUUCCCAUUCCACCCCUACACGGAUGGACGGAAGGGGGGCGAGGUGACGAUUUUGAGGGAGCACUGUCAGGGGCUGAAUGACAUGCUCUUCACACUGCCGACUGGCGGCUACGACCCCAGGAAGCACUCCUCCCACAUGGAUGCGGCCUGCAGCGAGCUCUCAGAAGAGGCGCACCUGUCGGGUGGGCAGUGGUUGGAGCUGUUGGCGUCAGAGCACCCGGGGAUCGCUGAAGUCAAGUGGUGCCGCAAUCGCUUCCGCCCCUUCCUCUGCAUCGCUCCCCAAGCGGAUGAGUCACCGGGGAAGAGGGAUGCAGAGGAGUUCAUAGAGGUGCACAGGGUGAGCGUGGUGCAGCUCAGGGAGAUGUUAAGCAGCGCUGACAUGUUAUUACCCUCAAUGACCACCAGCUUCCUGGCCCUGGAUCGCCUGCAGCAGAUGGGCCACCUGUGACCCUCCUCUGAGGAAUCUCCACCUCGCAGUGGACAUGAUUCUCACUGUGACCACUCAGAACGGUUCUUCCAUUAGCCAAAGAUGCCUGCAGCAGUGGGGCUCCUGUGAUGAUCCUGUGGGUCCAGCUGUCUAUGGACAGAGAUUUUAGCGUGACCAUUCACAGUGCACAGAGGCAGGAAUUGCCUGCAGCAGUUGUAGAAAUGUGAUAAUUGUGAGGGUGCAGCUGUCUAAGGAUAGAGGGGCAGAGGCAGUACUCUGUUGAUGCAAACUUUACCUUGGUAGGGAUUGUCUGCAGAAGAUGAGGCGCCUGUAGCAAUCCUAUGAGGAGUCCUUAACCUUGUGGAAACACAGUGCCACCAUGACGGUGUCUAAUGUGAACAUACAGAGGUUGUGCACUUAAAGUUUUCUGCAGGAGAUGGGGCACCAGUAGCAGUCAUUUGAGAGCGGCUCCUUUGGGAGUCUUGGAGAUUUCAUGUUCAGUACCUCCUGGCUCAACAUCAAAAUGGGUAGAGUAGAGAUAGUGUCCAUUCCUACUUUGUGUGGUAGGAGUUGUAGUGCUUUGUAGCUACGAGCACGGACCCUAGAUGUUUUUUUGCAUAUUUUAGUGGGUGGCUUCCUGAGCAAUGCAUCUCGGGCCUUCGUGCAAAAGAAACAGUCAAUC